CCUCCUCUCCUCUCCGCUCCGCUCCCCCGCCGCCGCCGACUCGCCGGAGCUCGACAGCGCCACCCCCAGCCGAUCCAAGAUGUGGUACCUGUGCGUCUUCUACCACAGGCUGCUCGACUACCGGCGGCCCGAGGUGCAGUCGCUCGCCGAGCUCUUCGGCGGCCCGGGCGCCGGGGACGCCGUCGAGUGGCGCAUGCCGGAGAACCACCACGUCGACUCCCCCUUCCACCUCGUCCGCCUCCCCGGGGACGAGCGCCUCGCCGCGCAGAUCGCCAACCGCAGCUUGCUCGUGAAGGGGAUCUACGAGCUCUGGGGGCACGGCAACACCUACGAGGAGCUCGAGAGGGCGGUCGUCGAGUACCCCGAGGAGAGGAAGCUGCCGUACCUCACACCGGAGAGCACAUUCAAGAUCGUCGUCGAUAGCUUCGGCAAGGUGAUCAGCUUCCAGGAGCAGAACGAGAUCAUGAAGAGCCUCACCUACAUCCCCUUCAUGGGCCGUGUCAAUUUGAAGAAUCCCGACCACAAGUUCUUCGUCAUGGAGACUGAUGACUAUGGCUGCAACAACGGCCUCCCGCCGGUUGUUCAGAGGACGGUAUUCUUUGGCCGCGAGGUCGGAGCGGCGGAUAGGCAUCUCCUGCCGACCUAUCAGCUGAAGAGCAGGAAGUAUAUUGGCCCAACUGCAAUGGAUGCUGAAAUGGCGUUUCUUAUGGCCAAUCAAGGGUUGGCGUGGCCCGGGAAGCUUGUGUAUGACCCUUUCGUUGGGACUGGGAGUAUUUUGGUCGCGGCCGCGCAUUUUGGAGCCAUGACAAUGGGUGCAGAUAUUGAUAUAAGGGUUGUACGCGAUGGUCGUGGUCCGGAUUGCAAUAUUUGGAGCAACUUUGAGCAGUACAAAUUGCCAGAGCCAUUAUGUGUACUAAGGGCAGAUAACAACCUCCCACCUUGGCGUCCAGGACUGAAGGAGGUUUUUGAUGCCAUCAUCUGUGAUCCUCCAUAUGGAGUCCGGGCUGGAGGCCGCAAGUCCGGUGGCCGGAAGCUCAUCAAGGGCACCGUUACUCCUUACACAGUUCCAGACGAGAAGAGGGACAGCCACAUCCCAUCGACCGCACCUUACAGCCUCGCCGAGUGCGUCCAUGACCUCCUCCACCUCGCCGCAAGAAUGCUGGUGAUGGGUGGCCGGCUGGUCUUCUUCUUCCCCGUCGUCCGCGAGGAUGGCGUCGCCAACCCAGCCAAAUACCCCGAGCACCCCUGCUUCAAGCUGAUCGCCACCUGCGAGCAGAUCCUGAGCAUGAGGUACAGCCGGGUCCUGCUGACCAUGGUGAAGGUCGGUCCCUACACCGAGGAGGUUGAGAAGGCUGCGGAGCAGCGGCACCGCGAGUUCAGGGAGAACCACCACAAGUGGAUGGAGGAGGGCAACCUCCACUCCACCGUGUUCAGCCCGGCCGAUCAGGGCGCCCCUGUAGACAGGGACUCCAAGCCCAAGUACAGAGGCAAGUAUGUGUAGGCACUAGGCAGCGGGAAAUGUCUGAACUUGUCUGAUGGUUGAAACUGAUGCUGUAACGAACAAUUUUGUCGAUGCCAAAACCAUUUCUGGGAGAGGAAUUUGCUAUUUUAGCUACGAAACCUGAAAACUUCGCUCAAAUGGUCAUGUAACCGUGAACUGCGCUUUAAGCUGAUAAUUUCAUUUGGUCAAUGAGGAUUUGCACCUUUUUCCAUGUUAAUUAGCUCCUCAAUGGUCUGUCAGAACCGUGAACUGUGUUUUUUUUUACUUCAUGAUUUCUAUCUUACCUU